AUGAUCUCCGGAGAUUAUUUGACAUAUAAUUAUACUACUCCGGUUACUGCUCCUUACGGUGAACUUUGGCGUAUAUUACGCCGAUUGACUGCACUCGAUGUAUCCUCGCCGGGUAGAGUUGCGGCGUUUUCCGACAUCCGGCGAAAUGAAAUCCGGCUGCUUAUGAACCGGAUUAUGAAAAGAUGUGACGGUGAAGGUGGCACGGCGACGUUGGAUAUGAAAGAGAUGUUUAUUGAGCUUUGUUUUAAUACCCUCUCUAUGACCAUUGCCGGUAAAAGGUAUUACGGGGAUGACGUGGCAGACAUCGAAGAGGCGAGAAUGGCCCAAUUUAUAAUGAAAGAGAUGCUUAGGUUAAGUGGAAAUACUAACAUGGCCGACUUUUUGCCAUUCUUGAGGUGGGCUGAUUUUCAAGGACUCGAAAAGAAAUUUUCUAAAUUCAAGGACCAAAUGGACAAUUUCUUACAAGGUUUAGUUGACUAUUGUCGACAAAAUAUGAGAUCCGGCUUAGACAAUGCUCGCACUAACCCUACAUUAAUUGAGCACAUGCUUACCCUCCAAAAAGAAGAACCAAAACUAUAUUCCGACCAACAAAUUAAGGCGGUUUCAUUGGUUUUAUUGGUGGCGGUGACCGAUACAUUGUCAAUAACUCUAGAGUGGGCUUUAUCGCUUCUUCUUAAUCAUCCAAUAAUAAUGAAAAAGGUCGAAUCCGAGAUAAAUGCUAACAUCCCUCCAAACCGAUUAUUAACCGAAGAAGAUUUGCCCAAUCUUCCUUACCUAAAUAAUGUGGUUAUCGAAACCCUUAGAUUAUAUCCCCCGUUACCCUUCUUACUACCCCAUGCAGCUGACGUUGAUUGUACUGUAGCGGGUUUUGAUGUGCCACGUGGCACUAUGUUAUUGGUUAAUUUAUGGGGCCUUCAUAGGGACCCGAAAUUAUGGGAUGGACCGGACAAUUUCGUCCCUGAAAGGCACGAAAUAAAGAAUAAAAUAGGUGAGAAGAAAAGUUCUUGUAAUAAUAUGAUUCCAUUUGGAGUUGGGAGAAGGGGAUGUCCCGGGAUUGGAAUGGCUCAUCGAGUAAUUGGAUUGGGUCUUGGAAGCUUAAUCCAAGUGUUUCAAUGGAAAAGAGUUGAUGAAGAGAAGAUUGAUAUGUCAGAAUUGUCGGGCAUGAAUUUACCAAAGGCCCAACCAUUAUUGGCUAUUUGCAAACCUAGGCCAAUGAUUAUUGGAUUUUCUAUGGUACCUUCUUAA